ACCCAUCCUUUUCACUACCCACCAACCAAAAGAAACAAUGGACCUUUCAACCUCCAAGUUUCUUGAAGCUCAAAUGGAAGAAAGGGUAGGAGGCAAACAUGGGAAUCCAUUCUUGGAUACAUUUCCAGCAGCUCAUCAGAGGAGGAGUUCAGUGACAAAGAGAAGUAUGGAGGGUCCUUCAACCCCAGGAAGGCCCAUUUUCAGCUUCAGUGUUGGGAAUUUCUCAAGAAAAUCUGUGCCUUCAAAGUGGGAUGAUGCAGAGAAGUGGGUUGUUAAUGGCAGUUCUUGCCAUGAUUCCCCUGCUCAUAAUCCUGGCUUAAAACCACCAAAGAGUUUGAAAUCUUCAAACUACUGUAAUGAAGCAGCCCUUGCAGAGAUGUCUGGAGUUGAAGAUGCAAAGCUCUCCAUGGCUUCUAAAGAUAAGUUCACAAAAGAAGGAUCUUUCUUUGGAAAUGUGAGUGAAAAGGCCAUGAACUGUGAAACACCAGAGGUUAAGCAAAGAGAUAUUGGAACAGAAAUGACACCUGUUGGCAGUUCCCCAGCUUCAAGAUGCCACACUCCAAUCAAGCUCCCAUCGCCUCGCGGGCACAACACGCCCGCUGAUAGGUCCGGACCACUGCCUCCAUCAACUCCGAGUUCUGCAAGCACAGUAGACAUUAUGCAGCUGCAAGAAUGCCACUUGGCAAAGCUGAAGCUCGGGACAAUGCCAUCGAAUUGGAGCACGAGGGAGGAGGAAGAAGAGGACGUGUCAAAGAGCUUGAGACACUUUGAGGCGAGUAACGAAUGCCCGAGAAGUGUGUCCAAGCCUCCUAGAGCAUACUCAUCAUGGGAGGAAGAGGUUGCCAAGUGCUGCCUAAGGUACCAGAGAGAAGAGGCUCAAAUUCAAGCUUGGGUGAACCUCCAAAGUGCAAAAGCAGAAGCUCAGUCAAAAAAGCUUGAGGUGAAAAUCCAAAGGAUGAGGUCGAAGAAGGAAGAGAAGCUGAUGAAGAAAAUGGCAAUAGCUCACAGAAAAGCAGAAGAAUUGAGGGCUGCUGCCCAGCUUCAACAUUGUGAGCAGAUGCAGAAAGUGAGUGGACGAGCAAAGAAGACGACAGUAAACCGACACAACAACAUAAAUGUGUCUCCUCGUCCACCUUCUUGUACUUGUUUUCCUUGUAAUACUCAUCACGUGUAGUACCUGCAUGCAUAUGUUACUGUCAUUACUUCAAUGUUCGA